CCACCCCUCCACUUUUUCCAGCCGCCACUCUCUUCUUCCUCCUCUCCCACACGCACAACUCUCUCCUCCUUGCUCCAUGGCGCAGCAGCAAAGUCCUUCUUCCCCACAUACGGUCGUCGUCCCCCUGGUCCUGCUCGGCGAUGCCCUUCUCCCCUAGGCCGGUGAACAGGUCUUCUUCCUCCCUGCUUCACGGCAGCAAGCAUGGACGCCGCUGCUCCUUUUUUUUCCUCUCGCUCUGCUCGCUCAGCCGCCAGCAGCCAUGGCCGACCUCCACUUCCAUGGAGCAGGCGCCCCCAACAGCCAUGGCGCCCUUCCCUGUUCUCCAGCGCCCUCCCUGCCAUCUUCCCUCCCAUGGGCGCGAGCUUCACCCUCGGCAAUGGACGCUGCGCGAGAUCCCCCUGGCGCCCCUAUUUUCCCAGCCGUGCAGCUCCCUAUUCGACUUCCAUGGUCGCCCAGCUCCCUGUCCACGGCGCCCAGGAAUUCCAACAGCAGCUCAUCCCCUCCCAGCGCCCCCUUCUGCUCCAUGGCUGCAAGAAGCCUCUCCAUGGCUGACGCACAGGUGGCCAGCAGCUUCGCUCGCCCCUUGUACCUUGAGCAGCAAGAAGCGGCGCCCCUAUCUCCUUUUCCCCGCAGCCCCACCAAAUCGACGCGCCGUAGGUGCUCGACAAAAUGCGCAGCUCCAUUUCUCCAUGGCCGCGAGCAUUUCCUUGCUGCGACUGCCUCCCAAGGACAGCGCGUAGCAGCCUCCCCGUGGCCAUGGUCUGCAACAUGAAGUCGCGCGCUACAUGUUCGAUGUUUUGCGCAGCAGCUCCGACGUCUCCGCGCGGCUCGCUGCUUUGUGCUGCGCAGCGAACAGCCGUCGACGCCUGCCAUGUGUUCGCUGUUUUGCGCAGCCCCAAUAUCGUCGUCGUUCACCCCGGUGAGACCACGACAAUUCUUGUUUAAUUUCACAUCGACAUUAUUCUCCGGUGAUUAAUUGUGUAUGUGUUGCUUGUUUUGUUUUGUGGACGAGACGAACCCCGUGUUUUGCGGGGAGAAGGCAAGUCGUUCGACGCUCGUCGACGUUCGAAGUUAUGCGCAAAUCGAAAUCGCCAUCGUCCUUACAAACACCGAUUGGGUUUGUUUAUGGACCGAGAGAUGAUGAUCGAGCCAGUGAUGUGGUGCCAACCACAAGAUGCCGUGGUGGACGACCUGAAGAAUGGACUUAACUAGUGGAUGCUCGCCAAGCGAGUACCCCCCCAGCAAACACUAUCUAAUUGUUAAAUUAAAGGCAAGCCCCGGUUUUAUGCAUAACCGUUUAUAUAUGCUAUUUUACUAUACUUAAUGUUUGUAGGUUUGUACUGUGCACUUAAGUGUAGGAGUUGACUGAAACCCUAGUUGCAUGAACUCAGGAUUCCUUUUUGAGAUGGAUACUAGCAUGCUAGGUCGAGUAGCUGCUUUAUUAAUUAGGGAUCUCGGUAGAAGUCGAGUGAUUUUUCUAGCACUCGCGCGAGGUCAGGACAUUGAUUGUACCCACUUUCAUAUCAUACUGAUGUUGGUCUGUGGACACGGAUUCAUGGGGAUGCGUGGUCUAUGAGAUGAAAUUGGAAUAAGUAUUAACGUGCGGAUACCUGUGUCAAGCGUUUGAACGUACUAAACACAUACCGAGAAAUAUGGUAAAUCGGUAAGCCUAGUACCUGAUUGAACCUGCCCACAGACAUAUCCCCUCACGCGACCUGAGACGUGGUCUCCCAUUCCGGUUAUGGUGGGUACAAGUGCGGUCACUGCACGACGGCAGUCGGGGUCAGUGAGGCAUUGUACGCCAAGGCGGUGAGCCCUGAUCUGUUGCCAGGGAAUCGAUGGGGACGGUUGAUGUGUGUGGGGACGGAGUGCCUCGCCACGUCGUGUGUUUAGGUUUACCUUGCAAGGAUAAAAACUCGAUUUGAAUCGUCUGCUUCUCGCAGCUAAUGAGACUGCUUGAUCCAUUGUACUGCAUUGAGUAAUAAGUGGAAAUGAGAUGACAAAAGAUGUUGAUUGAUAAAAUGUUUGAUAUCAUGUAUGACUAGCUAGGUACACAUCUAGUAAAGAGGAUCAUACUAAAACUUGAAAAGCUAAAACUUGAUUUUAGACUCAGCUAGUGCUUUUGGCAAACCAACCCCCUCAGCCAAACAACUGCAUGUCUAGAGGUAGAGGAGUAGACUCCUCACACCGGGUAAGUCUAGCUGAGUAUUAGUAUACUCAGCCUUACUUGUGGCACAAUUUUUGCAGGUACUCCUUAGGAUGAUUUGUUGCUGGUGUGACUUGGCCUCCAUCCCUGCCACCGGGAUAGAUGGUCGAGUGGGUUACUGCUUCCGCAGGAGAGGACCAGGAGGAGUAGCGUGGCCAGGCUUCGCCAUGUUGCUCGGUUCUUCUCCGUUAGUUAUUUCCGCUGCAUUAAAAAUUUAUGGUUAUUAUUUCUGAAACUCCGAUAAUGUAAUCACUAAUGAUACUUAUUAAAUUUGUGGUAUUAUGUUUUAUUGUAUUUCUCUGUGCCUCACCUUCGAGUGAGCUAGUGGUAUUCGAUCCUGGAUAAGUGGCUUUAUCGGACUAGAUCCGAGGGACUGACGGAUUAUUCCUAUUUAAGUGUGGUCUAGCCUCUAAGGCGGGACUUAGGCACUUAAGUCGGAAUAAUUCGGGCGGUUCCGCCACAGCUGGUAUCGGAGCGAAUACCAUCACAGAGAAGUCAAUAAGUCAUGAUUACCAACCUUUUCUAAAGUAAAACUUGCUUAGAAAUCAAAGUUGGAUAGAUCGUCAGGACGAUAAGGAUAGACCUAGGACGUGAAGCCCUAGGAAUAGAUGGGUAGCUAGGUGGCUAGUUAUUUAGGCCAUAAAGGCUACUACUACUAUUAAUAAGGAUGCUGUAGAAGCAUCCGAAAAAUUAGUUAGGUCUGAGAAGACGACUAGAAUAAGCAUGCAUCAUGAUUGUCGCAUUAUAAAUGUCUCUUGUGCACAAAUAUGCUUCUCUCACCUUUAUUCCAAGAAUAAGAAAUUGUGAAUAAUGUGUUGUAUAGCUAUGAACUGUAAAAAAAUGUCUUAUCCUGUGUGUCAUGAUAGUCUUGACUAGGUUGUGCUAUGUGUUUCUCUUUUCUUGCUAUCUAGGUGAUAUUGUGAUUGUUCAACCCUUUUGCAAAAAAAAA